UUUUUCGGGAACUUUGAAGUUGCAAUUCUGGUAUAAAAGUUGAAGAUGUUUUCACAAAAUAUAUCAGACAUAUUCAGUUUCUCAGCAUAUAAAGUUUAAAUUAAAAUGAAGUUUAUAAUAACUUUCAUAGUCUUAGUAUUUUCAGGAACUACACUUGGUGGUGGAGAUACAAAUUGUGGCUCUUUGCAAGCUAAUUAUUUAGUUUUACUUCAAGCUUGCGAGUAUUUACUUGAUGAGUCAUUAAAAACUGUGAACAUUGCUGUGGAUUUAUACAUUGGAAACAGCUUUCUUGACUAUUUCAUUUGCAAUCUGGAUCUAACGAUUAAUACGAUGGCGUUAGGAACAAGUCAAUUUAGUGGAAUAAGUUCUGAUUAUAUUCGAGGAAUUUUCGAUGGAUUAAUAAGUCCCCCAUUCGUACAUCCAUUAAGCUGUAUUGAAGAUGAAUUAUUGUCAUUCAACUUAUUUGUUAAAAACUUAACUGAAAAUGUAGUUCCGAAUCUUGAAACUCAAGUUAUUCCAUCUCCAAUUAACGAGACCACGCCAUGUCCCAUAGUGGUCCAAAUGCAAAGUCAAAACUUGGUUAAUGCUAAUCUAAUAAGCAGCAUAGAAGUAAAUGCAGCAAUAACUGCUUCAUCUGUUUUUGCAAGUAUUGGAUUGUCAAGCUUAUAUAUUGACCAAAAUAAUUUAUUCCGUCAAUCGUGUGGAUCGAACCUCGUAAUUGACAAUUUUGCUGAAUUUUACAAUAUGGACCCAGCUAUCAUUAGUGCAUUUAUACAAAAUCAAACAAUUUCUGUUCCACCUCCAUUAAAUUGCACUAAAAGUAUAGUCACGUCCUUAAUUCAAGGAUUUGAUUACAAUAUCGCAAACAUUAAUAACAGCCUUAAUAAUACGAGUGUACCAUCAAGCUGUGAACCAUUCUACAGUGACUUUAAGGCAUUUAAGGAUAUUUGGUUCCAAUAUGUAGAUCAGCUUCGAUUUAACACAAUAAAUAUUAUAAUUGAAAAUCCAGUAUUGGCUCCAUUCUUCGUGGCUGAUCUUCUUUGUGAAUUGGAUAUCAUUUUUACGUUUGCAGCAAAUGCUACAAGCUAUUUGUCCGGAAUUGAUUCUGACAUAAUCUAUUCGAUUCUUAAGGGAGAUAUUGUUAAUCCACUUCCAGCGCCUUUAGAUUGCAUUGCUAAUGAUUUAACUUUCAUGAGCAAUCAAAUCACACAUUUGGUCAAUAAUGUAAUUCCUGGGUUCCAAAAUAUUGCCAGCAUUUCCCCCAGUAACACUUCCACAUGUAACACCACAUACACAGCACUUACAGGCUAUGUUGUACAAUUGGUUGACUUAUUGAACAAAAAAGGAUUCUUUGUAACUUCUGCAACUGCUCUUUUCACAUCCACAAAUUUUGGUGAUUUGUUCCUGGAGUCAUUCACAUCAAUCCUUGAUUGCAUUCCUGACUUAGUAGGAAAAUACGUUGGUGCAGCCCUUAAUGCCGAUGGAUCUGCAGUCAAAUCUUAUGUUAAUGGCAAUCGCAAAUCACUUCCAUAUCCAUUUAGUUGUGCUGAAAUUUUGAUUGACAUCACUAAUAGUUUAAUGAAUCAAGCAUUGGUUAACUAUGUCACUGAAUCUCCAAACAAUUUGGUGUUACCAAAUAUUCCAAAAUUCAGAGGAUAGACAAACAAAGGCAGUAGAAUUAAGAUUCCUUUUAUACAUUUUUAUUAAUCAGAACUUAUCAAAUAAAAUAUCAAUAAAGAUUUAAUCAUC